AUGCGGAGCUGGUCUCAGCUGAGUGAUGUCACCAUCUCUAAAGGCUUUGCUAGACCCCGAAUUGACGAGCACACGGAUGCCCUCCCCAGCCACGUCGACCGCCGCGACUGCCUGCCCGAUGGCCACGUCCAGCACCUGUCUGCCAGCCAGAAGGCCUGCAGCACCGGCCGGGGCGGGAACGUCCAGUCGUGCCGCACUGAGUUCCCCAGGGCCUCGCCCAGGUGGACGGCACGAGUGAGCAAGGCGGUGGUGGGCGCCGUCACCGGCCUCACCGCGCUGGCUCUGGUCUGCGAGGAGCGCUGUGUGUACGGCCCUGUCCCGCACACCUUCCACGAGGGCUGGGUGGCCAUGCAGGCCGAGAGGACGCAGGGCAGGAAGGUCAGCCCCACCCAGGGCCGCUCCGCCAAGUGGGACUUCGACAUCGAGCGGAAGAAGAGCGCUCCCGCCGGCCGGCCGCCCCCGCGCGGCUCCACGUACUCGCCGGAAACGGGGCAAGUGUGCCCCUGAGAACGGACGACCAGU